AUGGUCUUUAAAGGCAGUGUCCAGGUCGUGGUUUACAAUGGUGCAGUGCGUGCCUCUGGAGUCUCUUCUGUUGGCUGUGGGCGCCGCGCGGGUCCAUCUGCUGGUGCUAGACGUGGAGGGCGCAGAGAGAGCCAUCCUGUCACACCUGGAUUUGCGCCGCUUCGAUGUACAGAUCACCUCCUGUUCUCUCUGGAAGGCCCACUGCCCCCAGACCACCCUGAACUCCUGCGCUACCUUCGUCGGGAGGUGCUGGUGCCGCCUGCCGCUGGGCCAUACAACCUGCUGGGGAGGAGGAACGCGGCGCUGCUGAAGGUGGAGAAGAGUGAGGUUUUCUACAACGAGACGCUCAGGAGACUGCUGGCUGACAAGCGCGGCGGCUUCUUCGUGGAGGCGGGGGCGCUGGACGGCGAGAGCAUGUCCAACACGCUGUGGCUGGAGCGGGAGAGAGGCUGGACGGGGCUGCUGGUGGAGGCUGACCACGCCGCCUUCCUCGCCCUCAGGGACAAGCGGCGCAAGGCGUGGGCGGCCAACGUAUGCCUGGCGCCCACGCCCUACCCAGCCAGGAUGCUGUUCAGACAGUCCUCGCACGCCCCGGGGCCACUGAGCAAACCACUGGGGUUCAAGUUGCGCUCCAUGAACGGCCUCGCGCAGUACACCAAUAAUCAGAUCAUGGGUGACUCUUGGUUCCAGCGGGUGCAGUGCGUGGCCCUGGAGUCCCUGCUGAUGGCCCUGGGGGUGCGGCGGGUGGACUUGCUAGUGCUGGACGUGGAAGGGGCAGAGCAGGCAAUUCUGGACCACCUGGAUCUGGACAAGUUCAAUGUGCAGGUGUUGUGUCUGGAGUGGAAGAAGCAGGCGGAGCAGCAGGGCCUGGUGGAUGACUUGGCACAGCGGGGCUUCCAGCUUGUGGCGCGGCUCAGGGAGGACCUCGUGCUGGUGCGGCGAGGCUCAGAGUACGCUACAAGACUCACCACCACCACUACGCCUCUGCCCCAAGGUACUCACUCCGCCAUCACUUCUCAGAAUUCCGCCAUCACUUCUCGAAAUAAAAUCUUCAGAUAACUUACCGCUUUCAUGUGGGUGGAAUAAAUUAUUUUGGUAGGCAAGUGUAAUAUGGGAUAAUGAAAAAAAUUGCAAACCAUACCAGCAAGUAAUUAGUCGGGUUUUUUUUUUUUUUUUACCUCGAAGAGCGUCCGGAAAGACAUAUAGCAUUAGAGCCCAUGGUAAAAAGAUUGUACAGGACAAACUUUAACAAUAGGGGGAGAGUCUCUCGAACUCUGCUGAACACAACGCUCACUAACCAGCAACACUGCCGACCUGCGAGUCUUAUAAUUGAAUAUUCGGAAGGCGGGCCGGCCCUACCACGCCACACGGGAAUGGAGGGCCGCCGGUUAUUAGGCGACUACAUAAACCCUCUUUGGCCUCACAGCAGCAGGUCUUCGGCAGGUCUUCAGCGCUGGCUGCUGCGUCUGUGGGGGAAGAGAA